AUGUUAGACCAUAUGUCAAUAGUGUCUGCCUAUGCUGUCGGAGAUUGGGGCUAUCCUCUUGAUGGAGGACCAUGUUCUUCCAGCUACGAUUCUCAUGCCCAAAAAGUCGUCGCAACGCUCAUGGACAUCCACGCUGGUAAAACCUGCAAGCCAAUGGCAAUCCUUGGUCACGGUGACAGUUUUUACUGGACAGGUAUCGAUACUCUUGAAAGUCGUGAUUUGCGAUUCAAUGAGUCGUUUGAAUCCGUUUACAAUGGCGACAACAUUAGAAAUGUACCUUGGGUAAAUGUGAUGGGAAAUCAUGAUUACGGUGGUGCAGAUUACAUUUGCAACAACGGCACCAGCCUCUUACGCUGCAACACAACAGAAGAAAUGCUUGAAGGACUCGAAUUUAAAUUUCAAGCCCAAGCGCAGUACAAGAGUCCCAACAACAAUCGCUGGGCUCUGGAGGAUGUGUUUUAUACGCGUCGUAUCGAGAGUGCUACCACUGGUGUAAGCAUUGACAUCUUUAACAUCGAUAUGAAUGAUGCUGCUAUCGCUGGUUCACAUGGAAUCUGUUGUCAGUGUUACGGGUACGCUAAAACCGACAACUCUGGUUGUAAUAGCAUCAUUCGUGGCGACAAAUAUUGUUGCGGUGGGAACAAUGACAUGUACGAUACGUGCAUGGCUAAAUUCGUUGAGUGGGCUGAUAUAUCCCGUACGAAAUUGGCCAAACAAGCAAAAGCGUCGAAUGCGACGUGGAAACUAGUAAAUAGUCACUACAGUCCAAUUCAACACUACAAGUUCGACGGUAUGCUUAAGUGGUUUGAUGCAUUGAAAGGUUCUGGCAUCCACGCUUUUAUCUACGGUCAUACUCACGGUGAGAAGCACGAUUAUGUGGAUUCAUUGAAAAUGCACUUUGUUGAAAAUGGUGCUGGAGGCGGCAUGAAAUCGGAGUCGGCGGGUAAUGUUCCGAACUUUGCAUCGAAACUUGUGAAGCAAAUAUGGGCGUAUGAUCGAGGUGAAUACGGUUUUCUCUCAGUUAAAGGAUCGAUGAAUUGGUUGCAGCUUCAGUAUCAUACGGCAGAUAGAAAGUGGAAUUUCACCGAGAAGUGGGAAAAUAUGACAAUCGGAGGCGUGGCGACCAAGCACUGUUGGUACAUUCCACGCGACGGCUCGGAGGGCAAGGCGUGCUAG